GUCGGACAGGAACUUAGUGCUUGACCAGUAGUGUUCAUUCGGACUAGGACCAGGCAAGUCAUCUAGCAGCAACCAUGAUGAAAUCAAUGGUCUCGUUAGGAUUGUGCUUUAUCCUACUUUCAAUUUUCACCACAACUAACGGUCAACCCCCGUUCCGGACCUUUCCUCGGAGAGGCCCUCCGCCCAGAUUCAUAAGAGGAUUUCCUGGUCCGCCAAGAUUCGGUGCAUUCAAUUUCAUGCCGCCUUUUCGCAGGCCAGCAUUUAUUGGAGGCAAUGUUUUCGGACCACCGCUGGUAGGUGGUCCAGGAAUCGGAGGUAGGCCAAUUUUUUCCCAACAAGGCAAUGCUAUCUUCAACGGAAAUCCAUUUGUUUCACCGUUUUCACCUGUAAAUGUUUUGAAUAAUGGAAAUGUGGGAUUUCCGACAAACACUUUUAUACAGGGAAAUGGAUUCGCAAAUACGGGAAUACCCCCCAAUUUAGGCAUUGGAACAACAAACACUGGUAAUGUAGGUUCGACAACGAAUACAAUUGCAAAUCUCCCAUUCGGCACCACAAACGCACGCCCCGGGGGAGUGGUAACCCAGACUUCCAAUACAUUUGGGAACGUCCCAUUCAGUCCUGCGAACGCUGGUACCGGGGGAGCGAUAGCUCAAGGGGUGGGGCCCGCAAACAGUCAAUUUCCCACGGGAAUUCAAGGCGGUUUUCCUGCAACCGUUAAUACCGGCUUUACUGCACCGGUGAAUAAUGUUUUUCCCGGGCCCAUUCCGAACACCGGUUUUCCUGGACCAAUACCAAAUACCGGCUUUCCGCAACCAGGCUUUAUUGGAUCGGUAAAUACCGGCUUUCCAGGAACGAUACCAAAUACGGGAAACGUACUUCCAACACCUACAAACACUAUCGGCGGUACUAACACUCUUACCGGAAGUGGGGUCACAGCCGGCACCUUUUCAAAUCAAUUUCUAUUGAAUAAUGGCGUUCCAGCUUUGGCACAGGUUAACAGUUUAGGAACGCAGGUAACAAGCAAUGUUCAGCCAGAUGGAAAUCAAGACAAUAUGGUACUUGCUGCCGGAAACAGCUUCGCAAACAGAUUUACUCUUAUGGGUGGUGAUGGUGCUGCACCAAUAGGAAUGAUGGGAGGAGAGACCGGUGUUGGCUCCUUCCAGGAUCCGACUUCAGGGCAGACUAUAGCUGGCAACACUCUGGUAAAUACCGGGGCAGGCAACACUCUGGUAAAUACCGGGGCAGAAUUUGUAGUCCCGGUUGUAGACCCUGUAGGUGCCAGCGUCCCAAUCCAGGGAACCGAACUUUCCCCAGAUGUAGCCGUUAUUGGAACUAUUGGUACGACGGAUACAGGAGCUGUGGAUCCAAACACCCUCCCAGCAACAACUGUAGGGUCUAAAUGCCAAGCAACCGGAUGUCAGGGCGGUCAACAAUGUGUGUUUGCUGGGGAGUAUCCUUGUGCCAUGUAUCUCGAAUCACUUGAGUGUCGAUGUCAAGCAGGUUGUCGCGUGAGGAACUUCUUUAUCCCUGAGGGCCAGUCUCGGCAGACGGAUAGUUGUGGGAACGUCUGCUCCUGUGAGCAGACGGGAGAAAACAGGGGCACGGCGCAGUGUACGACGAUCAACUGUCCACAACCAUAAAUCGUGACGGAAGUGACAUUUUCUAUCGGGGCGUCAAAUCUACUGCCAUUCGUCCAAUCGGUAAAGACUGGAGCUUGUGUUUGACCAGUGUUGGAGUCUAGAGUUUUACCAAAUGAAGCCACAUGUGUGCUGAUUUCACGAAGGGAAAGAAAGUAUGACGACUGAUCAAAAUUUCUUCAAGGAGAAAAUUAUGAAAAAAUAUUUUACAGAUUACUUAAGGGUAUAUAUAUGCUUUCUGAUAUACAAUACUUAUGAUCUAUUUAAAGUUAUCUCUCUUUAAACAAACGUGUACUAUCUAAUAUUCCAGACUGAUCUAGUAAAUAUCUAAGCAUGCCCUUCAAAUGUAUCGAUAGUCAAUCGAAAGAUAUCGUACAUAUUUGUUAAUUCGGAACUCUUUGGAAAAGGCAUACCACAGUCAGGUAGCAUACAGCCCGAACACAUUUUCUUAGUUAAAAUAUAGAAAAAAAGGGAAUGUAAAAUUGUGAAAGAGGGUGGGGCGUAGGGGUGGAUAAUAGAAGAACAAGAAUUCAAAUGCAAAAAGUAGCCUUUUCCAUAAAUUAACUACUACAUUAUCAACUACAUUAGCAUUGGUAUGAGGUAGAUCACCAAUAGUGAUGUCCCCCCCAAACAAAGAGGAUCAUUUUAAUUAGUAUAGAUGUACGUUAUUCCACACCAAUCAGACUUUUGAAAGAAGUGCAAGUGAAAUGAAAGAGAUACAUUUUUUUUCGGAGAGGUUAAGAAAACUAUAUACAAUGUACAUAUAAUUGUUGAUUGUUUCUCAUUUUGUAUUACGUUACAUUGACUUACCUAUAUACAUAUAUGAAUGUCUCAUUAAAUGUUUUAAAUAUGC